AUGCUUCUCUCAUUUAGAUGGCAAAAAAUUUUCAAAUCACGUUUGGUCCUAGCAUUAACAGCUGGUGCUAAAUAUUAUUUUAAUUUUAUAAUAUGUAUAUUUGGUUUGUUAUUUUUGGAUUCUAUACGCGAAUUACGAAAAUAUUCAGCAUGGAAUGUUAAAGAUUUAGCGACACCACAUGGUGAAGCAAAUGCACACAUGAAACAAUUUCGAUCACAAAGAAAUUUUUAUAUUGCCGGAUUUGCACUCUUUUUGUGGUUUGUUAUCAAACGACUCGUUGGUUUAACGGGGAUGUGUGCACGUGAAAUGGCUAAUUCAGCAGCAAUUCAUAAACAAGCUGAAGGUGCCCGCCGUUUUGCUGAUUCCGUAACAUCGGAUGAUUUGAAGAAAGACGAUAUAAAAAAAAAUAUUCCUGUAGCAACUGGUGAUGCUCCUCGAUAUAUUGAUCCAUCCGAACAUGAUGCAGAACUUUCUGUACUUAAACAGGGUACAAAAAUAUAA